AUGUCCAGGAGAGCUGUUCUCACCACCUACUGUUUUUUCUCCCACCCUAGCUUUUGCACUCUGUGCCUGCAGGAAUGUCUUAAGCCGAAAAAGCCAGUUUGUGGUGUCUGCCGCAGUACCCUGUCGCCCGGCAGCAGAGCUCUGGACUUGGAAAAGCAAAUUGAAACGACGGAAACCACUUGUAAUGGCUGCAAUAAAAAAAUGUAUCUCUCAAAGAUGCGUAGCCAUGCAGCUUCUUGUUCAAAGUACCAGAAUUAUAUAAUGGAAGGUGUGAAAGCUGUAACUAAAGAGCCACUUCACAACACCAGGAACUUCCCAAAUCGCUUUACCUUUCCUUGUCCGUAUUGCAGCGAGAAAAACUUUGAUCAAGAAGGACUAGUUGAACACUGCAAAACAUUGCACAGCAUGGAUGCAAAACAAGUGGUUUGCCCAAUUUGUGCCUCAAUGCCAUGGGGAGAUCCAAAUUACAGGAGUGCUAACUUCAUGGAGCACCUUCAAAGACGACAUCGCUUUUCGUACGAUACUUUUGUGGAUUAUGAUGCUGAUGAAGAUGAUAUGAUGGCACAGGUUUUGAUGCGUUCUUUGCGGGAUAAAUGAACCAACUAGAAGAUUAACUGUAAAACCAAGCUUCCAUGGGGGGGAAAUGCCCAGCAUCUUCGCACUUCUCCCUGUACAUCCCAAGAUGAACUCAGGCAUCCAGAAAUACAGAAGACUCUUCAAUCCCAAUCUCCGUUUCAAGUCCUGGUUUGAUAUUUCUGUAACACUCUGUCUUUUGUUAACACUGUCUAUGCCAUUCGACCCUGUCAGUCUAAUUUUCUUACUCCCUUCACACAAAGUUUAAUUGUAGGUAACGUGGAGGAGACAAAUCUGUUUUCCUUUACCUAUGCCUGUUUCCUGGUUUCUUUUGCAGUUGUGUUCACUUGACUGUCUAUAAACAAAACCAUUCCAAGUGGAACGGCCUGAACUAGUUAAUAAGUAUCUCUUCCCCUAUCUCAUUCGCGCAUCUUAAAUGACAGUAUGAGAGGUGUAUUUGUAGCUGUUUUCCUUUAGUGAGACCUCUGUAGGUGCUACCUGUAAUUGUCAGGCCAGCUCUCAUUUAAAGUGACCUAUGAUGCCUGUGAUUUCAUAAUGUUUCCCAGUGUUUAAAUUCUUACAUGCAGCCUCUCAACUAUAUGGAAAACACGUCUUCAGUAUGAGUCUUCACACUACAAACUUUCUUGGCAAAUCUUUGCACUUGUGUAAGCAACUAGUUCAAAAUACUUUAGUUCUAUGCAUGAUUAUUACUUUUUUCCAUACUUUUGACCAUAAUUUCUAGCCUGGAAAAUAAAGUUUAAUGUUGGUCUCAGUUAAAAUGCAUCAUUUUUAAAUAUGUUAGCAAAUAUUAAUCAUAUUUGCUGGCUUUAUGAUAAAUUGGUGGUUUUGAAACUGGUUUUCUAGUGACUUUAAGCCUUAUGCUGAUAGGGGAAUUCAGAAGGGUUUUUUUCAAUACCUCUGCUUUCUAUUUAAACUAGAAUUUUUGUAAAUUUUCCUAGUUUUUCCAUCUCUCAAGGCAAGCUGGUAGCAAAAUUUACCAAUAAUUCAUAGUACUACCUUUGCAUUACAGAAUUUAACAGGUAUUCUGAAUUCCUGUUCUUUGUGUAAAUGUUGCUAAAAGUAGCUGAAGCUGUACUUAGAUUGUUUUCAAUAUAAUAUUAAAUGUAUAGUUUGCAGGUAUAGCCUUCAAAGAAAAAGUAAAAUAUAACCCAGAAAGCAGGAUGACAAUUCCAGUACCUGGUAAAUGGAUACUCUAUAUUCAAGCCUACACUUUUACUACAGAGAUUCCUUUUUAGUUUUAACAUUUUCAUUAACUGCACAGUCAAGAUGCUGAGAUCUAACAAUCUAAGACACCUGACCAGAACUUGUAAAUCACAGUAGUGUUGAAAUAUCUAGUCUAAUUUAAAGCAUGUUUAAUUGGAGCAGUAGACCUGCACCACCACAGAAUUGAGUAUUAAUUAAUUUAUUUGACGGGUAAACUUAAUAUCAUCAUGCUCUGCAGGCUGCAGCAUAGCCUUAUCCUUAAAACAAUGAAACGCACCCCAGCUAAAACCUCUUGAUUAAAUUUUGUGUCCAGCCAGACCUCUAACACGUUGAACGAGGCUUUAGUAUGUUUUCCCCAACUUGGUAUGGGCUAUUUAGACUCAUCCUUAGGUAUCUGCGUGGUGACUUGGAAGCUCAGUCUUGGCGGGUGGGGGAAAUCAUGGUACUGCAGAAGAAGUACUGUGUUUGGGGUUGGUUAUUUUUAAUGCUUGAUCUGCAAAGCGAUUACAAGGUAUGAGUGGUUGGAUGGGGAUUUCUGGGUUCUGGCUAGAAUGCAAUUUGGUGAUACCUGUUGACCGGAAUCUAGAUUUCUGCUCCUAUUCUAAGUGCACUUCCAUGCAAUUCGGAUAAAAUGGUUGAGGAGCCGUUAGAAGCUUCCGAGCAAUUACUUUGUCAUGUUUUUGACGUUCGAAGGUGAGUUACAAAUAAAGGUUGUUUAAUUUAUAAAAUCCUAUCUUUGUGUCAACUCUUGUCAUUUCUUCCUUGUGAUCCGUACGUUUCAUUUUAGCACCUCCCUAAAAACACUUCUUGCCUGCUGUAUAACACCACAGGGAGCACAACAGACAUUGAGAAAUGCAGAGACUUCAACUUUUGGCUUCCAUUAAAUAUUUUGUAAUGAUUAGUUGCAACUUACAUAAACUUUCAACCAGCAGGCCACUUAGGUUAUGAAAAAUAGU